UUUUAAAUAUAUAUAGUCGGGGAAAAAGUUUACAGAGAAAGAUGGGGCACGAGAGCUUUACGGCUCAGAAGAGAAGUGGAGGAAGUGUGUUACCGACUAGUAAUAAUGGCUCAGCUGUCAAUGGUAGAAGUCGUGGAUUUGGGAGCUUACCUCGUGGCCGUCAGAUCCAAAAAACCUUCAACAACAUCAAGAUUACCAUUCUGUGUGGUUUCGUUACUAUCCUUGUUCUACGUGGAACAAUCGGAGUCGGAAACCUUGGCGGCUCCGAUUCCGACGCCGUCAACCAGCACAUCAUCGAAGAGACGAACCGGAUCCUCGCCGAGAUCCGAUCCGACGGUGAUCCCAACGACCCGGAUGAGCUUGCCGACUCUGAGAUCAAUCCUAAUGUUACAUAUACUCUUGGCCCCAAGAUCGAAAAUUGGAACCAGGAGCGGAAAGCCUGGCUUGAUUCGAACCCGGAGUUUCCCAGCUAUGUGAAUGGUAAGCCUCGUAUUUUGCUCGUAACUGGGUCGCCACCUAAGCCUUGUGAUAACCCAAUUGGGGAUCAUUAUUUGCUGAAAGGGAUUAAGAAUAAGAUUGAUUAUUGUAGGCUUCAUGGGAUUGAGAUUGUGUAUAAUUUGGCUCAUUUGGAUAAGGAGCUUGCUGGGUAUUGGGCGAAAUUGCCAUUACUUAGGCGUUUGAUGUUAUCCCAUCCUGAAGUUGAGUGGAUUUGGUGGAUGGAUAGUGAUGCAUUGUUUACUGAUAUGGUGUUUGAGAUCCCAGUUUCUAAGUAUGAUAAUUAUAAUUUGGUUGUUCACGGGUACCCUGAUUUGAUGUUUGAACAAAAAUCUUGGAUUGCUUUGAAUACUGGUAGCUUUUUGUUUAGAAAUUGUCAAUGGUCUCUGGAUUUGCUUGAUGCUUGGGCUCCAAUGGGUCCAAAGGGUCCGGUUCGAGAAGAGGCUGGGAGGGUUUUGACUGCCUAUCUCAAGGGAAGGCCGGCGUUUGAGGCAGAUGAUCAGUCAGCAUUGAUAUACUUAUUGCUUUCACAGAAGGACCAAUGGAUGGAUAAGGUGUUUCUUGAGAAUUCAUACUACUUACAUGGCUAUUGGGCUGGUUUAGUUGAUCGUUAUGAAGAGAUGAUAGAGAAGUAUCAUCCAGGAUUGGGAGAUGAGAGAUGGCCAUUUGUGACCCAUUUUGUGGGCUGCAAGCCUUGUGGGAGCUAUGGAGAUUACCCGGUUGAGAAGUGCUUGAGCAGUAUGGAAAGGGCAUUCAAUUUUGCAGACAACCAAGUGCUUCAGCUGUAUGGUUUCAGGCACAGGGGCUUGUUGAGUCCUAAGAUCAAGAGGGUCAGGAAUGAGACAGUCACUCCUCUUGAGUACGUUGACAAGUUCGAUAUUCGGCGGCAUCCUGUCCAGGAGAUUAAGGGGUCGAAGAGCUAGUUAGUAAUACUAUACAAUCAAAUCUUUCAUUGUGUGAGAUAAUCUGUAGGCAAUGUUUUAAGUCAUCAACUACAGAAACAGAUCUAAUAUUGAUAACAGUUCACAUCUUGCAUGUUGAUGAAAGGACCAACUUGGGUCAUGUUAAUGUACGCUUGAUCUGAUUUUAAUCCCUUUUGGCAUCAACUGUGGGUUCCCAUGACCAUAAGAGCUAACCGUGGCGUACAUUCUCUUUAAUUUCAUAUAGAAAACUACACCAUAUAACCUGUUCUUCACUGUGCGUCCUCUUGAUAAAGUGCAAAGGGUUGUAUUUGAUUUCUUUUUCUCUUUUGUCCUUUAUCCCACUUUUAUUUUAUUUUUUCGGUUAGCUUGAGAAAAUGUAUAGUGUAGUUUCUAGUCAGAUCACAUUAUUUUACAGACCAUUGAUUUUUUAAUUCCCGGAAGGGAAAAUGCCAUAAACUGUAAUUUUCUUA